UAUUUCACCACUACGGUGACACAAGUUAAGUGUUUUAUUGUGGGAUGGGUUAAAGUUUAAUGACUUUGUGAUAUAAACCCACCACCUAUCAGCUGCUGCAGACUCUGGCUGACACACGCAGCUGGCUGUCGAGGCCGUGAGAGGAAUCAAGAGAUUGAAUAAAGAAUAUACAUUCUUACAAACAAAACAAUGGUCAAGGUGGUGGUAAUAGUUGCAGUGGCAACACUGCUGUUAGCAUCUGUUGCCACUUUUGUGGGUGUCUUCUUUGGUGUUGGGAAGAGGACGCCCCCGACUGAGUAUCGCUACCAAAGGGCAGCCGUGGCAGCAGAUGCUGGACCAUGUUCAAAGGUUGGCAGUGACAUACUCUUGAAAGGGGGGUCUGCGGUUGAUGCGUCCAUAGCCGCAUUAUUAUGUGUUGGACUGAUGAACACUCACAGUAUGGGCAUCGGAGGGGGGCUUUUCCUCACUAUCUUUAAUGCAACAACGGGGACCACUGAGACCAUUGAUGCCAGAGAGACGGCACCAGGCAACGCCACAGAGAACAUGUUUGGGAACAGCACUGAUUUAUCUCAGAAAGGAGGGUUGUCCAUCGCUGUACCAGGAGAGAUACGAGGCUAUCAAUUGGCCCACCAACGACAUGGUAAACUACCUUGGAAAGACUUGUUCCAGCCGAGUAUUGAACUUGCAACAAAAGGGUUUCCAGUGGGCAAAGCACUCGCCUCGGCCCUGGCCAGUAAUAAGAACACCAUCAAGAAUGAUACAAUCCUGUGUGAAGUGUUUUGUGGGGAAAAUGGUGACGUCCUAAAAGAGAAUGAAACUAUUAAAAUGACAAAACUGGCAGAAAGCUAUAGGAGAAUAGCUGAAGAUGGUCCUGAUGCUUUCUACACAGGACAACUGGCCGAGAACCUUGUGAAAGACAUUCAGGCAACAGGUGGCAUCAUCACAAUGGAGGAUCUGAGGGAUUACAAGCCUGUUUUGGAUGAGGACCCUCUGAGGGUGAAUGUGGGGGAGUACGCUAUGGUUGUUCCCACUGCCCCCGCUAGCGGCCCUGUGUUAUCGCUGAUAUUAAACAUUUUGAAUGGGUACAACCUCAACAGCGACAGUGUGGCCAGCCCAGAGACAAAGAUCUUAACCUACCAUCGCAUUGUGGAGGCCUUUCGUUUUGCUUAUGCAAAGAGGACUUUACUUGGAGAUCCAAAAUUUCUCGACAUCACUGAUUUCAUCCAAAACAUGACCUCAGGUUAUUUUGCUGAUAUCCUCCGGGAAAAGAUCACAGAUGAAACCACACAUCAUAUGAACUACUACGAGCCAGAGUUUUAUCUGCCAGAAAAUCAUGGGACCUCCCACCUUUCUGUGGUAUCAGAGGAUGGAAGUGCAGUAGCGGCCACCAGCACCAUCAACCACUUUUUUGGUUCGAAAUUCAUGUCAAGCUCUACAGGGAUUCUUCUUAACAACGAGAUGGAUGACUUCAGCUCCCCACUAUUCAUAAACGGCUUCGAUCUUCCUCCUUCCCCAAAUAACUUCAUCAGGCCAGGGAAACGGCCUAUGUCUUCUAUGGUUCCAACCAUCUUAUUUGACAAAAGCAACAAAGUCAAGAUGGUAGUCGGAGGUUCGGGAGGAUCAAAAAUCACUACUUCUAUUGCUCAGGUCAUACUGAAUGCACUGUUCUUCAACUAUGAUCUGGAAAAAGCUGUGUCAGAUCCACGGGUUCAUAACCAGCUGAGUCCCAACGCCACUGAAGCAGAGCGUGGCUUUGACGAAAAAAUCCUGGAGGGUUUGGAAAUGAAGAACCACGAGAUAAAGCGCAUCAAGACAGGUGCUGUUGUGCAGGCGGUGGUUUGUCACGAAGGUGGACUGGAGGCUCAGUCAGAUCCUCGCAAGGGGGGAUACGCAGCCGGGUACUGAGGUCAUAAGUGCACCUCAGACUCUGUCUCUAGCUGCCUGAACUUUGCUGCCUAAGGAACACCUGAAAGUUGAGCAUAUCGAAGAAGAUUUUUUUUUUUUUUUAUCCUCAGACAGUACCAGUACCUCAGGUGUUUCUAAUGUCUGCUGAAUUUAUAUCUCCACCUUAUUUAAUAUAAGGAGCAAAUCAAAAAACACACCAUACUGAAAAUAUGAAAGGUACCAGUAACACUGAUAUUCAUGUUUACUGAAAAAAUAUAAUGUUGUGCUUUCAUAAGCAAUCAUUAAAUUCAUCCCGAUGAAGCACUUUUAUGAAUAAUUAGUAAUAUUAACCUGUUUUUGGUUAUUAAACAUAAAAAUAUGGUGUACGAGUUAUCAGAAAGGUCUUACUGUACACUGGGAUUCAGAGCUGCUCAUUUCUGGACUGGAAUGCACUUUCAUGCAAAUUAAAUUACACCACUGUCAUUGUUUUGGAAAUUUUAAUUAAUGUUAAUAAAGGUAUUUCAUA